AUGCCCAUCGCAACCCACACCGGCCUCACCGAGAAAGUCUUCUCGUUCAAGCCCAUCGACCCGCCAGUCGAGGAAAUCCAGCCACCCCCGGACCGCGCGUUGUUCGCUGACCCGCGCAAGUCCGCGCUGUUGGCGGCAGUCACCAAGGUGAAGCAUCUGACGCCGUACAUUGGCACGGAGCUGCAGGGCGUGCAGCUGAGUCGGUUGGACGAGAAGCAGAGAGACGAGUUGGCGCUGCUGGUUGCCGAGAGAGGAGUCGUCUUUUUCCGAGACCAGGAUCUCACGAUCGAGGGACAGCAUGAAUUUACGAAGCAUUUCGGCAUCCAAGACCGAGACCCAAACCAGGUCGAUCCACGCCAUGUUACUAUUCUAGGGCGCGGAGGUGACAUUCGGUCUUUCCAGAAUGCCAGCGGCGCCUUUGCGGAAUACCACUCUGACCACUCCUUCGAAAUCAACCCGCCUUCGUACACGAUGCUCCGAAUGGUCAAGUCUCCUGAAUAUGGAGGAGACACCAUCUUCACCAGCCAGACGGCGCUGUUCGACAAACUGAGCCCGACCUUUCAAAAGACAUUCGAGGGACUGCAUGCGGUCCACAGCUCAGAGAAUGUCUUUAUCAACACCAUCAACAGUGGCGGCACUACCUUCCGGCUGCCCGUACGCAGAGAGCAUCCACUUAUCCGCACGCACCCCGUAACCUCCCUCAAGGCACUCUUCUACAACCCAGCAUUCGUAGUCAACAUAGCCGAACUCAAGGCCAGCGAGUCGUUCCACACGCUCAACUUCCUGCGUGACCAUCUCCAUUCCGCCGACGACCUGACCGUGCGCUGGCACUGGGAGGCCGGCAGCGUGGCGUUCUGGGACAACCGCGUCGUCAUUCACCGCGCCAUUCCCGGUGGAUACAACACCGAGGAAAGAGAGGGCAAGCGGACGGCGGUCUAUGGCGAGCGGCCCUAUUGGGAUCCUAAUGGGAAGACGUUAAGCGAGUGGCAGGCCGAGAACGGGCCGGACGAAGCGCCGGUGGUGAAGCUGGGACUGGACGGGUUUUGA